UAGACAUGGAUGAGGUGGUCGAAGGUGAGUUACAAUCUUCUAGAAGUUCCAUUGAAACAAUUACUCCUAUAAUUUUCACAGCUGCGACAAUGGAUAACAAGCGACCUCAUGGUGGAUCUACUUUUGGUAGACGCACAAUUGUUCGCGAUAGGAGACGACGUCACAAUCUUAUUGUUCGUGAUUACUUUAGAGAUUGGUGAAAGUACUGCAGUUGAAUGUCUCAAGCGUUUUUGCGAUGCCAUAAUCGGAAUAUAUGAGAAAGAGUAUCUAAGAAAACCAAAUGAAAAUGACAUAGCUAGGUUGCUUAAGGAAGCAGAGAUUCGUGGUUUUCCAGGCAUGAUUGGGAGUCUUGACUGUAUGCAUUGGCACUGGGAAAACUGCCCAACGGCUUGGCAUGGUACACACACUAAUGGUUUCAAAAGGGUCCCUACCCUCAUUUUAGAAGCUGUAGCAUCUCAAAACUUAUGGAUUUGGCACGCUUUCUUCGGCAUGGCAGGUACGAACAACGACAUCAACGUUUUGGAUAGAUCUCCUCUGUUUGAUGACAUUAUUAAUGGAGUUGCUCCACCUUGUGAAUUUGCAAUACAAGGUAAAAAGUAUAAUAUGGGGUAUUACAUGUCGGACGGAAUUUAUCCCAAAUAUGCCACACUAAUUCAAACUAUCUCUAACCCAAGUAAUGAUAGAGAGGAAUUAUUUUCUAAGCGACAAGAAGCUGUGAGGAAAGAUGUGGAACGAGCUUUUGGAGUUUUACAGAGUAGGUGGAGAAUUAUAAAGGGCCCAGCGCGUAAUUGGAAGGCAAAAGACCUUGGUAAAAUAAUGAAGACGUGUAUUAUCUUGCACAAUAUGAUUAUCGAGAAUGAAGAACCUCAAGGAAUUGAUCCGGAACGAUGGGAGCCUCAUGUAGAAGAAAGAGUUAAGCUUGUUAAUUUAGAGCAUGAUCAUCGCUUUCUUGUUUGCAGGAUGAUGUAUAGAAUGAAACAAGUUCGAAGCACCGAAGCACAUGACACACUGAAAACUGAUCUUAUCAACCACUUGUGGGAUACACAUACGAACCAAAGCAACGUCUCUACUAGAAAUUAA